AGUAAAUAGUUACAACCUUCAAAUGGGAUUGAUACAAAACAUCGCACGCUAUCCACAGUUAGACGAUAAAUAGCACUACAUUUGGUCAUCAUGGCUCGAAUUAGAAAACCACUCUUUACCUUUCUGUUUCUUGCAACAUCAUCUGCAAUCUUAUUCAUUAUGAACAGCUUGUUUGAUGAUUAUUUCUUCACCGGUCAGUUUCAAAGUCCCUCCGUAAAGAUACCGAAAGGACUGACCACAGGCACGAAUCAAAAUAAUGUGACACAAAAUACAACUAUUAAAAUAUCUGUAUCUCUCCACGCCAAUAAUACUCAGCAGCAACGACGCCCACACCUCCAGGAGGCGUGUGAGGGUCUGAACGCCAAGAAACACCUAGAAAACACCGAUGGUCUGAGCGCCGACACCUUAAAGAAAACGAAGAACAUCAUCGUCAUAGAUAAAUUGAAAACCCUUUAUUGUUAUAUUCCCAAAGCUGGUUGCACAACUAUGAAGCGAAUACUCCUUGAGUUGAGUGGUCAUAUAAACUCAACUUACAUACCACAUGAAAAACGUGACAUACAUGUACUUGCCGCGAAGCACUUUCGAUCAUUGAGCGGGUUCAGCCUGGAAGAUGCAAACGAGAAAAUAAAAACGUACCGUAAACUGGUAUUUGUUCGCGAACCGUUUUCACGGAUGUUGUCUGCAUAUCGGGAUAAACUCGAAUCAAAGGGGGCUUUCAAGAGAAGAUGUCUGUCUCGUAUGGUCAACAGGGAUGUCAGACCAUUGGCUACUGGGAAUGAAGACCUCAACAUUACGUUCGGUAAUUUUGUCGAUUACCUCGGUAAUCCACGGAAUACACUCGCUGAUGGUUUCGAAGAACACUGGAGGGAGAUGUCCCGCCUGUGCUAUCCAUGCCGAGUUCCUUACGAUUUCGUUGGACAUUUCGAAAACUUUAGCGAAGAUGUUCGCGCGGGUCUGCAAACAAUUACACAUGAUGUUGACGUAGAAAUCCCCGCGUCAUUGAAGCCGACUAAAAGCGGUAACAUGGACACUUUGGUCAAAUACUACUCGCAACUUGAUUCGACACAAUUGGAAUCGCUCUACAAGAGACUCGCGACAGAUAUAGAAUUAUUCAACUACAGAGUUCCCUCAUUCAUUGCUGACCGUUUAAACUCUCCCCUACUUAGUGGACUUUAGUUUAAUAGCAAUUAAGUGACCAAUGGCUACUGGUAAUGAAGACCUCAGCAUUACGUUCGGUAAUUUUGUCGAUUACCUCGGUAAUCCACGGAAUACACUCGUUGAUCGUUUCGAAGAACACUACAAUUUUAACUGGACAUUUCGAAAACUUUAGCGAAGAUGUUCGCGCGGUCUGCAAACAAUUACACAUGAUGACUUUGGAGACCAAUUAUGGAUCAAUCAGAACAAUUAGUAAGUACAAAUUCACCCGCUAGUAAGAAACAAAAGUUCAGUCACGUAUUAAGUGUUCCCAGAAGGAUUCAUAUGGCAUUUGCAACCUUCACUGCGAAGGAGAGAAUUCGUAAGAAGUGCAUAGAGAAGCUGAGAGUCACAAAGUAUCAGGUCAACAACCAGGAAGUCAGAGUUUUUGUAGCCGAGGAUCUUUCUAAACGAGUGCAACAACUCCGAAAGAAGAAACAGGGAAAGUUCCAGCAGCUUAAGGAGGAGGGCAAGAAACCCUUCUUCUCGUACCCAGACAAAUUGUGCUACAGAAAUUCCCUUGGGAAAGUUAUUCUCAUCAAAUGAAGACUGGAAAAGGAACUUGAUCUAAAAGUAAGGUCAUAAAAUCUUUCUUCAAUAUGGAAGAGCAUACACUAUAAAGACGCUAUAGAGAACAUAUGAAAAUGAAACUGACAUCUCUCAAAGAAGGCGAUUUGUUCCUACUUACAAUGUAUGAAAGUUUUUACAUGUAUUGCUGUUGUACUUUACAAAAAUUAACUAAAGCUUUUCACUACAAACUAUAAUGGAUCUUUUUUCUACAGUUUAAAGUUACAUGUGUAGUAAUGCUGAAUUUGGAAGAUUAAACCUCAUGUUUAGAAAAAGAUGGAAUAUGAAACAGACAGCUUACCGAGGUGUAUUUCAACUAUAAUAGUUAUACCCGACAACUCUGUUUUUUGUAUAGUGUCUGCAACAUCAUCUCCAUUUGGUGAUAAUAUACCUUUUUAAAUACAAAUUUCAAAGAAGGUUAACAAGACUGGAUGUCACAAUUCAAAAACUUUUUUAUGCAUGUGGAUUUUGGCUGAAUGUCGCACUAUUCGCAUUUGACCUUUUGCACCCUUUCCCUGGACUGUUUUUUUUAUUUGAAGUCCUGUGGCUUUUUUAUCUUGUGCACCUGCGCUCUUUUUUACUUGCUUUAUAAUUGUUUUACAUACUUUCAAUCAUUCUAAUCUUUUUUACCCUGAUUGCAGCUACCAUUUUUACACAGCCUCUGAUUAUUAUGUUAACCUUUUUUGAAACUUACCAGUGCAACUUGUUGGCAGUCACUUUGUCUCAUGUAUCUUUGUUACAUGUAUGUCAUCACUGUUUAAGAACACUCUUCAGGAAGUUCAGCGUUAAUAAUAGAAUCUUAGUCCCUAUUUUUGAGAUAUGAAUAUUAAAUUA